AUCUAACGGGACAGGCUGGGUUAAGUAUCUUUCGUAACGCGCAGUACCAGUGGACUGUAGUGCUUACAAGUGAUGUUUUCCUUCUCAUAUUUUUUGCACAGGCAGCUCUAAGAGGAGUGGUGUAUGUCGUAAUUUUUAAAAAAUAGCGUGUAGUUUAUUGUAAGCUAACGUUAGCUUCAUUUGAAUAUUUUUCUUCCUGGUUUAAGCACAAAGCGAAGCAGACUGGAUUUGAUGCGUUUCAAUGGAGGCUCUGUCAAAACCUGAUGCUACGAGAGAGGAGGAGAAACCACCACCACCGAGCGGAGUAGUGUCUGAUAGUCUGUCCCUGCCGUCUUAUAAAGACUACCCUGCUCACCGUCCAUUCAUCAAGACACUUGUGCAUCACACACCUGAAACGCGCACACAUUACUCAUGCAGCCCACCAUCCCCCAGCAAAGCCUUCCCAGAGAGCAGCAGUGCAGCAAUCUUUUCUGCCUUGAGGAACCUCCAGGAGAAGAUCAGGAGGUUGGAGUUAGAGAAAGGACAAGCCGAGCUCAGUCUGCGUACAGCAGGGAACAAUGCGUCGCACGCACUUCUGCAGAAUAAGAAAGUCACACAGAGACACUUAAAUGGUCAGAUAAAUGCGGAAAGAGAAAUGAAUGACCGGUCUAACUGCAACCAAGUGUUGAUCACCCACCUCGCUGCCGCAGAGUCUCGCUGUGUGAAGCUGGAGCGUCAGCUGGAUCACAUGAGGAGGAUGCUGCGCAGCGCCAGGACAGAGAGGAGCAGCCUGCUCAAACAGCAGGUGUCCAUGGAGAGAGCCAGGUCGGCUGAUCAGCAGUUUGACACGGUGCCUGAGCGCGCCCAGCUGGAGAAGCUUGAGCGGCUGGAGCAGGAGUACCUCAGGCUGACACGCACACAGAACAAUGCAGAGAUGAAGAUUCGUGAGCUGGAGAUGAAACUAAAGGAAGAGGAGCACCAGAGAAAGCUCGUUCAGGAUAAAGCCAAACAGCUACAGACGGGUUUGGAGACCAAUAGGAUCCUCCUGCAGUCAGUGUCACCUCGCCUGUCCUUCAGGUCGUCCAAAGAGAAGAAGUCCAACUCAAAGAGAUCUUCACCGCAGCAGGUGUCCAACACACAGCCACACUACCGCCUGAGUCUCAGAGAUGUUCCUUUUGUAGCUGGAACGUCAGUAGGCGGCAGCCACUCGGUCAGAGCCAACGUCCAGUCAGUUCUGUCUCUCCUGAAGCGACACCAGCCGCACCUCUGCAACAACCGUGUCCUCUCUGGCAACGCUGACAGCCCCGAGACAGGUAGCCGCAGCCAUUCGGGCACUUCGUCGUCUUCCUCCGCCGGUAGCGAGGAGGAGCUUUCGGACCUGCUGCAGGCCCUACAGGAGGAGCUGCGACACAUGAGCUUGGAGCAGGAUGGGUUGAUGAGGCAGGUGGAGGACAGUGUGUCCGAACAGGAAAGAAGGGAGCUUCAGAGGGAGCAGGAGAGGCUGUUGCUGAAAAUGGAGAGGAAAGGAGAUCAGAUCAGUAAGCUCUACAAGCACAAAUCACAGAUAAAGAAGCUCAGGAAGGAAGCUCAUUACAGGCAAAGCAGCGAGAACAACGUGAGAGUGUCGACCACAGUGUCCACCAGAGGUCGCUCUGUGGUAGCAGUCAAAGUUAGACCAGGGGAGAGAAGUAAGAGAAAUCUGAGGCUGCUGAGGGACAUGAAGGCUCUGCAGACUUCAUUACAAACCUGAAACUCAACAGGACGUUAACGCAGGACAUAAGGUUACUAUUGUUGGUGCUAAUAUUAUCUCUGGCCAUUAUUUCACCUCUGACUGCCUCUGACUGCUGACAGCGUGUCUUCGAAAAUGUGUGAAAUUUAUCAAAACAAUGUUAAGUUAUUGCUUGAUUAGUAAUCCAAGCAUCUAAUAAGAAUGAUCAUUUAAAGAAACUCAAGGGUUUAAAUGAUUGAUUUAAUAUAUACAAGUACCAUUUAAGGAAGUGCGUAUUCGUGCAUGGAGCGUGCCUCUCGUCAUAGUCUUUUUUUCCCUUUUACCAGCAGAGGGCGCAAAUGUCUCACCGUGUCAGCCAGCCAGCCAGUUUUUAUUUUUUUUAGAGCAGUUUUCAAGCCCGAGAACGUAAGAAUUAAACAAAUCUGUUCCCUCUUAAAACCAUUCUUUAAAGGCAAAACAUGUGGUGCUAAAAGAUUUCCGGAUUUCCCUGAUUGAAUAAUGUAAUGAUAUCCUCCAUACAAAGGUUUGAAUUAAAGAAACUACACAAAUUAAAUAGUGCUGUGCAGGUUAUUUGAUACACCUAAACAAAGUUAAUGUGGGUUAUUGAACCAUCCUGUACUUAAUAAAUUGAGUGUAUUACUGAGUGAAUGCAGCAAAAUCCCCAUUCAUGUUCCCAACCUUUCACAUGUGUUUAAUGCUUCUAAUAUUUGUGUAAGUUAACAAGUAUCUC